ACCAAAGAGGGGCCCAUAAAGCAGGCUGCAGGACCAAUAUGAUCCUUGAAUUCCUUUGCCUCCUCUGCUUUGGGCUGUGUGUUGGCCAAAGUAGCUGGAUGACUGAUGAGACCCUUCCCAAGCCCUCCCUCAGUGCCUGGCCCAGCUGGAUAAUGCCUCCCAAGAGCAAUGUGACACUGCAAUGCCAGACUUCCACCAAGAACGUCAACUUUGUUCUCAGAAAGGGAAGAAAUAUCUUAGAGUCCUUGCAAUCACUGGCUUCCACAGAGGGCGUGGCUGAAUUUCACCUCAAUGACCUAAAAACCCGUAACGCUGGACCGUACACCUGUGAAUACUAUAGACGAGAGCUCCCACAAAUAAGUUCACAGCCCAGUGACAUCCUCCUCCUGCUGGUGACAGGAGAGUUCCCUAAACCUUCCCUCCAAGCCCACCAAAGAGGUGUGGUGACCGCAGGAGAAACCGUGACCCUGCAGUGUCAGAGGCCAGACAAUAUUUUCAUGCCUAUAAAGUUCGCUCUGCUGAAGGCGGGAGCAGCGGAGCCCAUACAGGUCCAGGAUCCAGCAGGGAAGGAGACAGACUUCUCCCUCAGGAGUGUGACAGUCAGUGAUGCCGGGAACUACAGCUGCGUGUACUUCCAGAUAGGGGCCCCUUUCUUGACCUCACAGCCUAGCAAUUGUCUGGAGAUACAGGUGAGAGCUCCUCCAGGUGCCACAUCGGGGGAUUACACCACGUCGGGGGAUUACACCACGUCGGGGGAUUACACCAGGUCGUCGGGGGAUUACACCACGGACAACCUCAUCCGCCUGGGUCUGGCUGCCAUAAUUGUGGUGAUUAUGGGGGCUUUCCUGGUGGAAGCCUGGUGCAGCCGGAAGGAGCCUCCACGUGGAUCCGUGUAGAACAGCUGAGUGCUUCUCUUGUUCAUGGGUGGUAUAGUGGCACGGAGUUCUCGAAA